AUGGCGGACAUUCAGAACGUGGCGAUGUCAAAAUAUGUAAACUAUCGUUGUCCGAAUGGCCCAUUGGCCGCUCAAUUCACGACACGUGCCACGAACGAUUUAAACGGGGACAAUCGGCUCGUUAAAGAGAGGGCUAAUGGUAGCGACGGCUUCCACAUUCCACUCCUCAUCGUGAUAUUCGCGUCAUGUCGGGUCUCUCAACGAGCCAUUGUCUACUUAAAUUGUUCCUACAGCAACAGCGCCGCUGGCAAGAAGGUAGAGCAGUUGCAGUUUGUGAGCAUCAUCAUAAUAAUCACCAUCCUCCUGCCCGUAUCCCACCUAGCCGUCGUCGCGACCGGCAGCAUUUCGCAUGUGCUGGUGACAAGUCGGCAACAAGUCACCGGUGACGUCGGUGACACUGGUGACAUCGGUGACACUGGUGACAUCGGUGACACUGGUUACAUCGUUACAUCUGUGACACGUCGUCAACAAGUCACUGGUGACAUCGGUGACAAUGGUGACAUCGGUGACACUGGUGACAUCGGUGACAUCUGUGACACUGGUGACGACGGUGACACUGGUGACAUCGGUGACACUGGUGACGUCGCAGACACUGGUGACGUCGGUGACACUGGUGUCAUCGGUGACUCUGGUUACAUCGGUGAUACGUCGUCAACAAGUCACUGG